AUGCCGUGGACGACGGCCGAGCACUCGCCAAACACCUUCAUCCGGCGCCUUGGCCCUAACGAGGUUUUUAUCAAGCUGGUCAGUGAUCCCGGCCACCCGCUCGGUCGUGAACACUGGGCCGUCAACUACACAGCCACCAUCAGUCCUCGUGGGGCAUUCGCGACCUUGUCGGGCGAGCCCGACCUUCUACCAACCCUCAUCCGCUACAGUUGGUUGCAUCUGCGCUUCCAGCACCCCAGUCUGGCUGCGCAUCCCGACUCCAACUCGAACGUCGUCUACACGGUUCCUGACUCCCCCGGUGCUCUUACCGAAUGGGCCUCGCAGACCUUUACCGUGGAGGCCGACGCCCAGUCCGCCGAUGAGGUGAUUCCGACCAUUGCACCAUCAGCCGACGCCCAGCUGUACUAUGUCCCCCAAUCGAGUGAACUGCUCCUACACACCGCACACUGGCGCAUGGAUGGAGUCGGCGGCCUGAUCCUCCUCGGCCAGCUGGUGGACUUGAUGGUCUCGCACGCCGACACCCUCCUCUCGGCGAAGCUGCCAGACCCAUUCGACUCCUUCCAUUGGGGAUCGGAGGUCGCACGGCUGGCUCCACCGGUCGAAGAAGCCGGAGAUAUGCCCCUCACCACGAGCGCCGAGCAGAAGGCUAUCGCCCACGGGGCAGCCGGCACCUUUGCCCUCGCGGCGGGCGCCCUCGGGGUGCCCUAUACCGGGGAUGCCUCGAGCGUACCCUCCGGCACGCAGGCGGCCGAGCUCAAGUUGUCGCCCGACACCACGUCCGCCGCUCUGGCCGCCACAAAAGCACGAGGCGUCGGGAUCACGGCCGCCGGCCGCCACUACACUAGCACCAUCAAACAGUCGCUGCGGCCGUAUCUACCCGAACCGUACUCGACCCCCGCGGCGGCAGCCGGGCUAUACACGUCCGGCUGGUUGGUGCGGGUCGACGCCUCCGGUACGUGGGAGGAGAAUGCCCGCAUGUAUCAGGCGGAGUACGAGAAGGGCAUCAGCAGCGAGUAUCUCCAGGCGCACCGGGAGUAUGCGUCCACUUUAGUGGAGCUGAUUAAGAACCUGCCGGUCCCAACAGAGCCACCCAGCGAUAUCGAUAUCAGCAGCAUGGGGAUCAUGGAGAAAUAUCUGGAGCGCGAAUAUGGGACCCCGGAGGGCGGGUUUAGCAUCACGCAUGUUGGGGUGGGCGUGGAAAUACUUUCACGCCAAGGAGUGGUUUUUGUGUGGACGUUCCGUGAUCAGUUGACACUGCGGCUGGUGUAUAACGAGGCUUUCCACACCCCGGAGCAGAUGACGGAGAUUUUACACGACAUUCAAGCGGAACUGUUGAAGCAAUUGCGGGUGGCGGAGUAG